AUGGCGGAAACGGCGGAGCGCAUCAAAGAGGACACCGAGGCAUCGGCCGAGGCCCUGGAUAUGCUGCGAACUUUGCUCAUGACCAACCUGGGCAAGAGAUCGAAGAGUGACAUCCUCAGCAUUCUGUCCGACCCGAGCCUGCCCUUCAGACUUUAUCCGGAGCAUCAGAGGCGCUAUGAAGAAUACAUCGCCGCCUUUGAGCCAGUGGAGAACGAGUCUGCCUGUGCGCUUGGCCAGCAGGGCCAUCCAGAUGACAUUUCGGGCCAGGGCUUCCUUCCACGCGCUGCUCUGGCCUCUGUCUUUGCACGGGCGGCCUACGGUGCGCUCAUGCGGAAGGGCGCGGGGGACAAAGUGCGGGGCUUCCUGGGGGGCGCCGCCAAGAGCCUCACGGGGUCCUGGGAGAACGAGGACCACACGGAGGCCUUUGUCGAGCUGACGGGCGCACAGCGAGCCGACAUCCUCAUGGCGAACUGGACCGAGAAGCCCUUUGAGCCGGCCUUUGUGAUCUUUUGGGUGCACCGCAUGCGCUGGCUGGUGCUGUCCGUGCGUGGCUCUUGCGAGUGGUCCGCGGUGCUGACCGAUGUAGCUGCAGAGGAGAGCUUGGUGGCCGGCGGCCUUGCGCACAGCGGCAUGGCCAGAGCUGCCAGGUGGAUCCUGAGCUGCGCGGGCGCUUGCCUGGCGGAGGCGCUGAAGGAGCUGCCGGAGUACCGCUUGGUCUGCACUGGGCACUCCCUGGGCGCGGACGUGGCAGAGCUGGUGGCCGUGAUGCUCCGGGAGGGUGACACCAGCCCGGUGACCAUCCCCAAGGCCCUAGGGGCCAGCGGCGACCCGGAGGCGUUGGACGCCUUUCUGAACGUGGAGCCGUCCACCCGGGGCUACACAGCUGGGAGUGCCAAAGACGUGCCCAGCGAGAAGUUCCCGAAGGCCAUGGUCCAAGCCUAUGCCUAUGGCUUCGGCGCCUCCCCGAUCGUGUCACCAGAGCUGGCCAUGCGCUGCGCGAGAUAUGUGCUGUCAGUCGCCUUGGACGCGGACUACAUCACGCGGGUCUCGGUCUUCGGCAUCGACCGGCUUAUCCUCCAGUUGACGGAGUGGAGCGCGGCCAACCUGGCGAAGCAGUGGCUCUUCCAAAAGUUUGGCCGUGCACCCAGCGAGGGCGCACAUUGCACCUGGAGCCCCCGAGCCCGCGCCUUCGGGGCCAAGUCACAAGUGCCGGAGGUUCUAUGCACCCCAGGGCGCCUGCUUCACAUGGACAGCCGCGGGGUGGGCAUGGCCACGUCCCCCAUGAGACUUUUCUGGUCCCUGCCGACCUUCUACCACGAGCUGUACAUUAGCACGCACAUGUUCCACGACCAUUUGCCCAUCCGCUACGUGGAGGGCCUGUUGGAAGCGCUGCGUCAAGCGCUGCCUGGCACGGGUCAAGGCCUUUGCCUCAAGGACCGGGCGCAGGAGCCAGAUGCACAGGAGACCGUGCGCAGCAGUCUGGAGGCCCUCAUCUUCAGGUCCGAAGCGGCCGGGUGA